UAGUUAGUAGCCAGCUUGCGGGAAAGCGAGUUUCAAGCGGAUUUUCGAGUAUACAAAGCAGUGGCGGUCACACGCGACAUUUUACUGAAUAAAUACAAAGAAAUUGCAAGUGAUACCAAAAUAUACUCUACCUUCUCGUUUGUACGAGGAAGGACAUUUCACGAGCGGAGGAUAAACACACUUAUUUGUAAUUUUAAUAAAUAAAAUGCAAUUCUACUUCAGUGCCUUUGCACUUGUGUGCCUGCUGUGCACCGUGGCACUUUGGUCGGAUUACAUUCGAAGCGCACAUGGCUUGUCCAGAGUUGAUUCGGUUCACAGCUCUAGAGGAUUUAAUUUUGGUUCGGUUAAUGGCGGUGGCGGUGGCCGUGGCGACGGUGGGCCAAAUAGGGUGUCGAAUGCAACAGUUAUGUCGCGUCAAUUAAUUAGCGGCAGCAUUCCGCCAUUUAAUUCCCCAAACAUUAUCUCGUCGUAUUGUGUCUGUGUGCCACCCGGCUCUUGCGCUAAUGCAAUACCAACAGUCCCAACUGAUGGUAGUGGACAAAUCGACAUACGAAUCGUGAACAAUCCGUCGUUCAUGCCCACAGCACCAACAACCUGCAGUUACGGACUGAUACUUUGCUGUCAGGCGGGCUCAUACCAAUGUGGACACCGUUACGCACCACCGCCGGGCAGCGCACAAGGUAGUGCAGGUCAAGCGCAAUUUGGCGAAUUUCCAUGGGUGACAGCCUUGCUUACCAGUUCUGAUCUAUAUUUGGGCGCAGGAGCACUAAUCUCUGCGCAACAUGUCCUCACGGCUGCUCACAAAGUGUACAAUAUUUCCACAUCGACCUUCAAGGUGCGUGUUGGUGAAUGGGAUGCCGCGAGUACCUCGGAACCGAUACCCGCACAGGAUGUGCUCAUCGGUAGCGUGUUUUUGCAUCCAAAUUUUAAUUCAAAUAAUUUACAAAAUGAUGUCGCCAUCAUUCGACUUGCUACCGCUGUCUCGCUCACAACGAAAUCUACUGUGGGCACAGUCUGCUUGCCGACAACAACUUAUGUGGGUCAAACAUGCUAUGUAGCUGGUUGGGGUAAAAACGAUUUCGGACCAAACGGUGCUUAUCAGGCUAUAGAACGCAAAGUGGAUGUGCCACUUAUAACGAACACGGCUUGUCAGCAAUUGUUGCAGGCCACACGUCUGGGAACGUCUUUUCGACUAAACAAUAGCAGUUUCAUUUGCGCAGGCGGUGAGGCUGGUAAGGAUGCGUGCACGGGUGAUGGUGGCUCACCGCUCGUUUGUAGUAACAACGGUUUGUGGUAUGUGGUCGGAUUGGUGGCUUGGGGCAUUGGCUGUGGUCAGGCUAACGUUCCUGGUGUUUACGUGAAUGUUGCCACAUAUCUGCCGUGGAUUCAAACUAUUUUAGCUUCGUCUUAAGGCGGAGGAAAAUUUGCGUGUGCAGCGAAAAAAACUUUAGCUUUAAUACAAUAUUUAAAUAUUUGUCUUUAAAUAUAUAUGUAACCAUUUAAUACUUUACGCUAUCUUAAAAAAAAUUAAUAAAGUUUUGAAGAUACGUAUGUAAUAGUA